GUUUCCCUCCGGUUUCAACCGGUUUAGGAUUUCCAAUGAACGGCCAAGAUCAAUUGAAGCGAUCAAACUUGGCCCAAAACCGGGACUCCAUUACGGAAACCAAUUACGGCGUCGUCACGACCGUCUUCUUCGUGUCUUAAACCCCUUGCGCUCCAAAACCCUAAAAACUGAUAAACCGCCAAAAAUCACAGAGAAACACCUCUCUUCUCUCUCUAGAAUGGGAAUAUUCGAGCCGUUUAGAGCAAUCGGAUACAUUACAAGCAGCGUUCCUUUCUCUGUGCAAAGAUUAGGCACCGAGACCUUCGUCACCGUCAGCGUCGGCAAAGCAUGGCAGAUUUACAACUGUGCGAAGCUGAAUUUGGUGCUCGUUGGUCCUCUAAUGCCUAAGAAGAUACGCGCUCUUGCUUCCUAUCGGGACUACACGUUUGCUGCUUACGGCAAUGACAUUGCAGUUUUUAAGCGUGCACAUCAGGUGGCAACUUGGAGCAGGCAUACUGCAAAGGUCAACCUGUUGCUUCUGUUUGGGGAGCACAUCCUAAGUGUUGAUGUCAGUGGCAAUAUUUUUAUCUGGGCUUUUAAAGGAAUUGACCAGAAUCAUGCUCCACUUGGACACGUUUUGGUGGAAGAUAAAUUCAGUCCUACUUGUAUAAUGCAUCCAGAUACUUACCUAAACAAGGUAAUUCUAGGGAGCCAGGAAGGUUCUUUCCAACUUUGGAAUAUUAGCACAAAGAAGAAACUUUACGAGUUCAAGGGCUGGCAAUCUUCCAUAUGUUGUUGUGUUUCAUCACCAGCGCUAGAUGUUAUUGCAGUUGGAUGUGCUGAUGGAAAGAUCCAUGUACACAACAUUCGUUUUGACGAGGAAGUAGUUGGGUUUACACAUUCCACUCGAGGGGCUGUGACUGCAUUAUCUUUCAGCACUGAUGGACAGCCACUCCUAGCAUCUGGAGGUUCAUCUGGUGUCAUAAGCAUAUGGAAUCUUGAGAAGAGGCGUCUCCAGUCUGUCAUUAAAGAGGCUCAUGAUAGUCCAAUAAUCUCAUUGCAUUUCUUUGCUAAUGAGCCAGUGCUAAUGAGUUCAUCAGCAGACAACUCAGUAAAGAUGUGGAUUUUUGACACAAGUGAUGGGGAUCCUCGCUUGUUACGCUUCCGAAGUGGGCAUAGUGCUCCUCCUAUUUGCAUAAGGUUCUAUGCUAAUGGGAGACAUAUUCUGUCAGCUGGGCAAGAUCGUGCCUUCCGUCUUUUCUCAGUCAUCCAGGAUCAGCAAAGCAGAGAGCUUUCCCAGCGUCAUGUAUCCAAAAGAGCAAAAAAGCUCAGGGUCAAGGAGGAAGAUAUAAAACUGAAGCCCGUUAUAGCCUUUGAUGUUGCUGAAAUAAGGGAGCGUGAUUGGUGCAAUGUGGUCACAUGCCAUAUGGAUACUGCACAAGCGUACGUGUGGAGGCUUCAGAACUUUGUUCUUGGCGAGCACAUCCUGAAACCAUGCCCGGAAAAUCCAACAUCUGUUAAGGCCUGCACCAUCAGUGCCUGUGGCAAUUUCGCUGUGCUAGGUACAGCUGGUGGUUGGAUUGAGAGAUUUAAUCUUCAGUCUGGGAUCAGCCGUGGCAGUUAUGUGGAUGUGUUAGAGAAAAAUAGCUAUGCCCACAGUGGAGAGGUGGUUGGUGUUGCCUGUGAUUCCACAAACACCUUGAUGAUAAGUGCUGGAUAUCAUGGGGAUAUAAAGGUGUGGGAUUUCAAAGGACGUGAGCAAAAAUCCAGAUGGGAAAUUGGUUGUUCACUGGUGAAGAUUGUUUACCAUCGUGUCAAUGGUCUUUUGGCAACAGUGGCAGAUGAUUUAGUCAUCCGUUUAUUCGAUGUUGUGGCACUAAGAUUGGUUCGUAAAUUUGAAGGUCACACAGACCGUAUUACAGACUUGUGCUUCAGCGAGGAUGGCAAAUGGCUUUUGUCAUCCAGCAUGGAUGGGAGUCUUCGAAUUUGGGAUGUCAUCUUAGCAAGACAAAUAGAUGCUAUACAUGUUGAUGUUUCCAUAACUGCACUGUCUUUGUCAUCGAAUAUGGAUGUUCUAGCAACGACUCAUGUUGAUCAAAAUGGGGUCUAUCUCUGGGUUAAUCAAGCAAUGUUUACUGGAGCUCCUAAUGUUGAGUCCUAUGGAAGUGGGAAGGAAGUAGUGAAUGUAAAGUUGCCAUCUGUCUCUUCAACAGAAGGUUCUCGUGAUAAUGACUCUGAGAAGCCUGUUAUAACACACUCAGAAGUUGCCUACAGUUCUCAUACUCCGCUUUCAGUUAGGCAAAUUCCAGAUCUCGUUACUCUCUCAUUAUUGCCUAAGAGCCAGUGGCAAAGCUUGAUCAAUUUAGACAUUAUCAAGGCUCGCAACAAACCAAUUGAGCCUCCAAAGAAACCCGAAAAGGCUCCUUUCUUCCUGCCUUCAAUACCAUCUCUAUCUGGAGAAAUAAUGUUCGCACCUAUUGAGUCAGCUAAUGAAGAGAAGGAUAGUAACGGUGAUAAACGUGAAAAAAGAGAGGAACAAGCUCAUUUGGCGUCAUCCCGCUUUGUGCAAUUUCUUCACACCUCAGCGGACUUGGAAAAUUUUUCAGCAUUCACUGAUUAUAUUAAAAGCUUGUCUUCGUCAACUUUGGAUAUGGAACUUAGAAUGCUUCAGAUUAUAGAUGAUGAUGAUGAACAAGAACCCGAAAAGAGACCCGAGUUCCAUUCUAUUGAAUUGCUGCUGGAUUAUUUCAUUUAUGAGAUCUCCUGCAGAAAUAACUUCGAGUUCUUUCAAGCUGUCAUCAGAUUGUUUCUAAAGAUCCAUGGUGAAACAAUCCGCCAGCAGCCGAAGUUGCAAGAAAAGGCACGAAAGCUUCUAGAAAUACAAGGAGCGGUAUGGCAAAGGGUAGACAGGUUGUUCCAAAGUGCUAGAUGCAUGGUUACGUUUCUCAGCAACUCUCAGUUUUGAUUAUCUUGCAUUAUCUUCAAUGUCUGUUGUUUAAUUAUAUGCCCAAUUUUGGUUCCUUAAAGUGUAAAAAUAGCAUUUUAUUAUUUCUGUUGUUAUUUUUACGGCAUCGUAAUGCUGUCUGUUAUCCUGGAAGUAAAUCAGUGAUCUGUUAGUAGAAGUGAGUUCAUCGAUAGAACACACACGAAUCGUUUAUUUAUACGACUGGAAGGGUGGAUGGCAAUCCUCAUUUUUGAACUU